CAUUCUCACUAGAUAGCGUGCUACUGUGGAAAAAGAAAUUAAUGAAACCUCUCCCAUGGUAGCAUUCUAACCUACAUAUCCUAAAUCGAAAACGUGUUGUUGCUCCGAAAUUCAAUCGAUAAUAACGCUAAAAAAUUCAACAGUUCGAUAAUUUCCCGGUCUCGCAGACUUCCCAUGACAUUCAAGGGUCGGGUUCUCAAGUCGUCACAAGCUGACAUUCGACCGUUCGUAAAUGAAACAGAAAUGAGUGCUUACACAAGUCCCAGUGCAUAAAUUGUUUAUUCCAUUGUUGUAUUCCUUAAAAAGAACAAAAUGCUGUUCAACACUUUAAGAUUAACAGUAAAAUGUUUGCAAUGUUCGAAUUCUUUACGAAGUCUUAAUUUACGAACGAUAAGCCAAGUGCAAAGAUACUCAGAUGUUGCGUAUCGUCGGCCAGUGCGUGUUGUCAACGAGGAAGAGAUACUGGAGAAAAUCGAGGAGGCAAAUGGGCCGAAUGAAUUCCUCGAGGUCGAGAAGAGGAAGCCCUUGAAGGUCAGAUCGAAGAAGGGAAAACUCAAGAAGAAGAUUGUUGUUACGAAAGCUGACACACCUCUCAAGGAGGACGGUCGUCUCAAUUAUUCUGAACUCAAAGAGAACGAUCCCCUAUUGAUGAACUUGAUGAUGUCAGUUAGAUCCAGAAAAACCAGGGAUAAAAAUAGUCGAGUAAUUCUAGAAGGUCACAGAUUAAUAACAGAUGCUCUCGACGCUGGUAGUGUCCCUGAGAUAAUAAUUUUCAGCAGAAUUGCGGAUGCUUUGAAGCUCCCACUACCCGAUGUGGGCGUUAAAUUAUACAAAACACCUUACAGAGCUAUUCAGACGUGGUCAACGUUGACCACUUCUCCAGGAGUAAUGGGAUUUUUCAAAACACCAGACGUAGAGAGCAUUCAAGCAUCCCCGGAAGCCCUUCCCCUCACAGUAAUUUGUGACAACGUCAGAGAGCCCGGAAAUCUGGGUUCAAUCCUCCGAGCCUGUGCUGCAGUAGGUUGUAAGCAAUUAAUUCUCGUCAAAGGCUGUGUUGAUCUUUGGGAUGCGAAAGUGCUCCGUAGUGCCUCAGGUGCUCACUUCCGCAUGCCCAUAUUCGCAACAAGAACGUGGAGGGAAGUUCGAACGAUGAUCGAUCCAUCGGCACAAGUCUGGGUGGCCGACAACGACGCACUAGUAUUAGAGAAGGAAACUGGGGCAGAAGUCCUUGAAGAGGAUGAGGGUGAAGUGCUCGAUGACACUGAGGACUCCCAGAUACUCGUGGAAAAGUCUGACAAUUCCCAGGAGGACGCACCUUCUCCGGACGAGUAUGAGUCCUUCGAGGCUCAAGACGAGCUCUUCAAAUCUGUCGAACAACUUGCGGAAUUCAAGAAUUAUCGAGAACGCGAGAGGGACGCUAAACUGGCGAAGAAAUUGAUCUCGACAAUUCCCAUAAUUCCGUACUACUCCACAAAUUAUCAGAAUAAUGAGAACAUCAUCAUUGUGGGGGGCGAGACUGAGGGAGUGAGUCUGGAAGCCCUUGCUCUCGUUCACGAGAGGAAUGGUUUACGGCUCAACAUCCCGAUGACUAAUGGCGUUGAGAGUCUCAAUACAGGCAUGGCACUUGGGAUCAUUGCCUUUGAAAUGAAACGACAAUUUUCAGUGAGAAAACAACCAGAACGUAAUGAUGAAAGCCACUUAACUGAAUAAACAUACCAUUUGAAAAAUUCUUUUCAUUUUUUUACUUGAAUAAUUGAAAAAUAAUGGAAAACUCCGGCUGUUGCUUGACAUCUCUUUAUUAUCCCAUGAUUUUGUCACUGAAGAAAAAUGAUGCAAUGCGUUUUCCAUUAUUUAUCACAAUUGAAAAAUUUUUUUGUCAUAUUUCUCUUUGAACAAAUAAAGCAAUUAAAGUUUCCUUUCUUAUUUUUGCCGAAAUGUGACAUCAAUCAAUUUGAGAUAGGAUUUGAUCUCACGACCCUUAGGUUUCCAGUCUGAGUCUUUACACACAUGGAUAUCCACUCGGUAUUAAUUUAUACGAUAAUUUCGUUUAGUGGAAAAAAUGAUGAAAUAUGAAGAAUUAGAGGAAAAUUUGCCGAUAACUACUUCACACCCAACAAUUGAAAAACCAUCACGCACCGUUAAUUGCCUUUUUAAUGAAGCAAAAGCUUGUGUAAAUAUCCCCAUUGUCAAUUCAAAUCGUAUUUACUCCCGAAGAAGAUUAAUUCCGGUUUAAUACAGUAGAGUCACGUGUGCAUGAAAUUCAUUUCGAGUGGACUUCGAUGGAGUUUCACUUGUCACAAGGGUAGUUUCUCACCCAACGGAAUGACGAGAACUAGAGGUGAAAAGAGGGGAGAGUGAUGGGACAACGACCCCCUCUGACCCUAUUGUUCAAAAACGAAUGUAAGCCAGGUUCGAGCUGCCAUAGGAACAACAACUGGGCUCCACUUUGAAACUGGCUAAUAAACGAUAUUAAACAAUGGGGCGCAGGGCGUUGAGGGAUUUCAAGCUCUAAUUGAUGUGAAGAGCCACUCAUGCGUAGUGUCCCAUUAUUCUCCGGUUUAUCCUUUUUUCCCUAUUGAAGAAUGUAUCGAGGAUUAUUUCACUGAACCGAUGUAACGCUUUUCAAUUAAAAUGAAACAUGAAUUUAAUUCAUCACAAAUCCAAUCCAA